UAAAUCAGAUAUUGAGUUGUUGUGAAUAUCAAAAAUCUAUCGCAAUGUUUCGAACUCUGACUAUUAACCUUAUAAAAUGCCGGCAUAUAUUAACUGCUGAUUCAUUUAUUAACAAAUGUAGCAAGAGUUUAACUGGAAUUGGUCCGUCUCAGUCUAAACCUGUACAGCCGGCAAAAGUAGUUAAUGCAAUGGAAGAUAAAUCAAAUUUCUUGUUGCCAAAUAAUCAGAGAUUUGUGGAACUGGAUAGUUCACAAGCAUUUAAUAAUUUGACAAAUAAAGAAAAGCUUUAUGCUCACUAUCUAAGUCAGGCUGCAUGGAAUGGUGGACUCAUAGUAUUACUUCAAACAAGUCCAGAAUCACCAAAAAUAUUUUCACUGUUGCAUAGAAUCUUCCUAGGAGAGUCAUUGGAGAAUCUUAAGGCGUCUGCUUUAAAGGCAGGAGUAUCUGAAGAUGAUUUCCAGGCAUUUCUGGUAUAUGCUGGUGGCUUAUUUGCCAAUAGUGGUAACUACAAGGGAUUUGGUGAUACAAAAUUCAUUCCAAAUCUGACUAAAGAUGCAUUUGAACUCAUUGUUAAAUCCUCAAAAGCAUAUGAAAAUGACAACACUCAUAUAACUAAGUUAUGGCAAAAGGUUCAAAAUCCUGUGUACAGCCUGACACCAAGACUGACUAGCUUAGGUUUGGCUAAUAAGGGAGUAACAACAUAUUUCUCUAGCAACUGCACUGAAGAUGACUCUAAUUUAGUCAAUGAUUGGAUGAAAACAAAGAGAAUUGAAGCCUACAUUUGUAGAACUUUCAAGACUACAGCUGAUGAUGGAUUGCCUUUAUACACUAUUCACUUGGCAAGUGUGGAAUCAUCACCCAAACCACCACUAACUAUGGACAAGGAGUUAUAUAAGAAUGCAUACUUCCAAGUGACCCGUGGUGACUAUUCCCCGCUGUUGAAGAUUGCCAGUGACAACCUUGGUAAAGCACAAGAGUAUGCGGCUAAUGAUAAUGAGAAGAAUAUGCUCAAACACUAUAUUAACAGCUUUAUUGAAGGAGAUUUGAAUGAACAUAAGGAAGGCAGCAGGUUUUGGAUCAAAGACAAGGGACCUAUCAUUGAAACGUACCAAGGUUUUAUUGAGACAUACCGUGACCCAAGCGGCCAACGAGGAGAAUUUGAAGGUUUCGUGGCCAUGGUGAACAAGGAGAUGUCGAAAAAGUUCGGCAGGCUCGUUGACAGCGCCGAGAGCUUCAUAAAGCUGCUUCCCUGGGGUCAGGAUCUAGAAAAGGACUCUUUCCUUAGGCCUGACUUCACCAGUCUCGAUGUUCUGACAUUCUCAGGAAGUGGCAUACCAGCUGGCAUCAAUAUCCCCAAUUAUGACGAAAUCCGUCAAAAUGAAGGCUUCAAGAACGUGUCGCUUGGCAACGUGAUCCCUGCUGCUUACAAGGAGUCCGUCAUACCCUUCUUGUCUGAAGAGGAUAAGGCAUUGCUUGAUAAAUACAGAGUCGCUUCCUUUGAGGUGCAAGUGGGCCUACACGAGCUGUUGGGGCACGGCAGCGGUAAGCUACUGCGUCAGAACGCCGACGGAACAUUUAAUUUCGAUAAGAAAAAGGUCAAGAAUCCUCUAACAGGCAAAGAGAUCGAGAUGUGGUAUACAGAAGGAGAAACAUAUGACAGCAAAUUCACAACGCUUGGCUCCGCGUUCGAGGAGUGCCGCGCCGAAGCUGUCGGCCUCUACCUCUCCGUGCUGCCGGAGAUCGUCAAGAUCUUCGGGUACGAGGGUCAGGAGGCGGAGGACGUGACGUACGUGAACUGGCUGAGCUUGCUGUGGAACGGCGUCGCCAAGGCUACAGAGAUGUACCAGCCCUCCACUGACACAUGGCUGCAGGCGCACGCUCGAGCGCGCUUCGUGCUGAUGCGGCUGCUGCAGCUGGAGGGCGAGGGCCUGCUGACGGUGACGGAGCCGGCGCGCGGCACUGACCUGCUGCUCACGCUCGACAGGCACCGCAUCGCAACCGACGGCAAGAGGAUCAUCGGUGAGUUCCUGGUGAAGCUGCAAACGCUGAAGGCGACGGGCGACGCGGCGGCGGCGGAGCAGCUGUUCGCGCGCUACAGCCGGCUGGAGGGCGAGUGGGCGCGCUGGCGGGACAUCGUGCUGCUGCACAAGCAGCCGCGCAACAUAUUUGUACAGCCCAACACUAUGCUCAAAGAUAACGCAGUGGAACUAAAGCGGUACUCGGCGGGUGCGGAAGGCAUGAUUUCUUCGUGGGUAGAGCGCUUCCCCGACUCCAAAGUAGACGACAUCCUCGAGCAGCUCGCGGACCAACAAGCCAAGUACUUCGAGGAUCUCGAACUGCUCGCUGCCCCUUAAAUAAUAUGGAUAUUUUCUCAAAUGAAUUUUGUUUAUUCAUAUAGAAAAUAAAUUAUAUUUUUAUAAAA